AUGAAGUUAGAAUCAAUGCAGCGGACUCUGUUCGUUUGGGCACUAAUUGCUUUCCUUGGCCACCGCACCGUCGACGGUCUUAACCAAACCCAAAGGGAUAAUGUCCUUAAAUUUCAUCGUGACGUUCGCGACGCUGUCAAUGCUACUGACAUGAAAAAUCUGGUAGUCUCAACAUUUUGAAAAAACAAUAUUUGGCCAAAUGGCGGUGAAACGACAAUUUUGCGAACGUUUGUAUUGACUACUACCUUUCUAUUGAAAACGACAUGUUUAUCAUCAUGUUUUCGUCAAAAAACAAGCACACUAACAGCCACGUAAUGCGCAUAUUCUCUUCCAUUUGUGACAAACUUUUCUACUCACCUAUGUUCUAGCACGAUCGAAAUUCCCGAAUGCGAUCCUGACUGAUUUUGAAAAAAACUCUAGUGUACGCAAUGGCAUAAUCAGCAGUCUUCUGUUUAACGCAGAUUGCUAACUUGAAUUGUCUGCUAAUUUAGUAACUAGAGAUUUUAUGCUGGCUUUCUCAAAACAAUGGAUGAUUUCUCGGUUACUUUAUGCUUAUGUGAUAUUGUUUGAGUCAUAGCACGUAAUGCAGACUGUUCAUAAGAGAUUGCAAUGGAUGUGAUACACUUCUAUACAGAACCUAUUUUUACUGAACAAACAGCAGACUGAAGUAUACAAAUUAUGAUUUCGUUUGAAACCUUCGGGGUAAAAAUUGGGCAAAUAAGAGAUUUUAAAAAAUGAAACCUAACAAUGAAAAAGCAUACUUACAUUGAAAACAAUUUGAUACAAUCCUAAAAUUGUGUUCUUCGUUACAUAUUUCUUUAACAGUUAGCUACUUAAGACUUCACUAACUUUAAUACCUUAUAAUCACCUUGUAAUAUGUCUCAAUAUUGACAGUAGCCGAAGAGCUACACUGAACUAUCUUGCCUACCUAAUUAUCGCUAUUCACCCGAAGUCACCAAGCACUCUUAAAUAAACUCCUCGUGAAAUUUAGCACAUUUACUGCCUAGUGAGUAUGCAGUAAACUCAAGAAAACGUAUUUUGGGCGGCAUUGAACGCGACGGUAUUGUAUUCAACCCCGUUAAGUCGUUGAGUAAAAAUUGCCUAUCUAGGGCAGGUGCGGUUUUUCAGGAAAUAAUAACCGAAAGUCUGAAAUAUACUAUAGACUCAAAAAAUACUUAGAUAGGUUUGUAAUACCAGAUACCGUGAAGUAUAUUUCAAAGAUAUGCCUGACACAUAAGGAGACCGGCUUCUGAAUGAGCAUUUUCCCGGUGAAAAUGUGUACUUGAUUAUUGGGAAUUUUUGUCAUUGAUUUUUGAUAAACUCGUAAACUUAAACAUAUUUUAUCAGUCAGUAUCAGUAAGUAAACGACAGAAGCCCUGAAAAGUCCAUUUAGAGGGUACAGAUAUAAGGGAAAAUAGGUGAAUUGUAAAGCUUGUAGUUUUAGUAAGGAGAAUUCAUAAAUCUAAUAAUGCAACAUAAAGGCGAAAGGGGUUUUAAAAUCGCGAAAUAAUUGCGAAAAACUUUUUUCACCGCAUUCGGACUGUGAAAAUUUCAAUAUGGGCUAAGUUUGGAGCACAAAAAAGGAUCUGUUGAAAUCUUGUUAGUAGUAUAUUUUUAGUCAUUCAGUAAUCCGUUAGAUCAGGCUUCGUAAGUUCGGGUUGCCUUUCAUAUGUACAAAAAUAUUCGUUAUUUUACUCACUGGGUCGCCAAUCGCUAAUUCUAAAGUUCUGAGGUUAUGGUUAUGUUUUUCAGGAUAAGGCGAUUAUAUAUUAACAGUACAUGUACUAGUCAAAAGCCCAUUAACGCGUGUUGCGCCGAUAUUCUGCCGAUGCAUUGCGCAGCUAAGGCGAGUUCGGCUCGUCAGAAGGUCUGCCAGCAUUUCCCGCCUGUUUUCUGGUAGACAUUUCAAUUUAGAAAUCGUCGUUUUUUAAUUUCCUCCGAAAUUAACUGUGAAUUUGGAGAAGAUCAGUUUACUCUAGGUCUACAGUCUUAGGCCAAAAUUGUUUUGUAUGAGUAUUUGGGCCGUAGUCCAUCAGUCACGGAGGGCGACCGCGUAAUAUUCAUGAACUGCCGACAAGCAGCUAGUAGUAUACUUUGGGGUAAUGCUAAUGCUGGGGUUUUACGUUUGGUAAGCGUUUUAAGGUUAGAGUUAGCGUUUUUCAAUCAGCAUUAUGACUAAGGUUAUUAUUUUGGCGUGAUUGUUAGGGUUUAUGGGUAGAGAUUGAGGUCAUUGUUUUACCAUUAGUACGAGGCAUUUACGAGUAGCUCAUAGAAACAGGCAUAGUGGAUGGUAUAGUGACUGAUAAGUCACAGAUGCUGUAAUGCUAUGUUUUGUGUAAGUGACCAAGCACAGGUAUCCCUUACUGACUUUUGACCUAAAUAUUUUCCUUUGUGAAUUACUUGCAUUUUACCUCGCCUUUAAUUUUUAUAUUUUGAUGUCGCUUUUUGUGUUUUAUUUUCACUUGUAAACGGGUGCAAAUUCGCAUUCCUCAGUCUCUUGUUCAUGUUUAAAUUUACUUUCACUUUCUCGGUUGCAUGCGAUCAGGCUAGUCAUUUAAUUCCCUUUCCAUGUUUCUUUAUGCGCUUGAGAUAUCACUAGAUUUUGGAGUACUCAACCAAGGAAACAACUUAACUGUAAUGUCGGGCGUUUAUUCUUUUCGAAGUGUACGUUUCACUUUCUUUAACCUCACCCAUUAAACUCCAAUAAUUAAAAAGUCGUAUCAUAGGCGUUUGUGGCUUUAUGAUUUGGGUGAAUAACAAUACUGUUGCUGGCAGUUUACGGUCUUCAGAAAAAUUCAUGCAAGAUCUAUCCCCGCACUGUCCGCAUGGGAUAAGCGCACUUUAACAGCAGACUCUGAGAGGCAUUUAUAUCAUGUCUACAAUUAGACUGAUCAGUAACCAUGCUAAUUUACCGGCCUGAUGGUGAGUUACCGAAAACAUAGGUUCGCCAGCUGACUCUUCAAUCGUAAUAUGGAAAGUUUCGCAGAACUGAGACUUAAUUUCAUCAAAGCAAAUUCCUCACGAUCGAUAACCGACAGACUUCGCUUCGCGCCGAUGUUUAGAAAACGCGCCAAGGCAUCCAACAAAAUUACAGAUGCAUUUGCUUCCAACUUUCAAGAUAAUAAUUAUGAAUGACUGCUGGUUCGCGCUGUCACCCUUGCUACGAGUUAACUGCUUACGUCAAUAUAGGAAAAGGAAAGAUAAAUACAGAAUAUGAAGAUAUGUGUUGUUUCUGUAUCCGCGCUCUUGAUUAAAUUUUAUUUUAUUUCUGUUUGCAUAAGACCUAUGACCUGGAACUGGAGCAGCACGCGCAGAAAUGGGUUGACAGGUGCAAAUUCAUUUCCCCUAACGCCAGUGACCCCGAAUACCAACACACUGGCCAGAAUAUCGGUGCGGAACUUGGACCGGAGAGAUUUGUUAAUCAUUACAUGCACAUGAUUUUGAGCAAUUGGGCCUUUGAAAAGACAAGAUACACGCCCAUUACAAACAGAUGUCGAAUACCCUGCAUACAUUACAAACAGGUAAGGCGUUGUUUUUAUUUAAAGUUUAUUUGAUAGUUCAUGACGCUGCUGCUUAGAAAAAGGUUUAAUUUAAUAAUUGACAUAAUUAGUAACAGCUGCAUAAUAAACAGUCAUAGUUAUUGUUCGAAAUAUUGCAUAGUACAAUUUUUUACAAUGCCCCAAUUAUUGCAGUAGGCAGAAGAACUGCAAGGAAGCCAACUUUACCGUCCAUUGGAAGACCUCGGUAAAGCCAAUCCGAGAGUGCAAAGUUCGGGAUGCUGUGUAGGAAGACUUAGGGUGUAGGUGGGUUGCAUAUACACUGUUAGCAAGAUGUAAAAGCGUACCAUGGCGACAUCUUUGGAUUUGCAGCCAAUGCCUUCCUUCAUUACGAACUCUUCUGACUCCCUCAACUUGGCUGUCGCUCUGUUUACGCUGUUUACAUGUUUCUUAAACUCGCCAAUCUCUGAAACCCAAUAGGCACUUUCGUUAUAUAAAAGAUGUUGCAGUUUCGUCGUUUAAGCGGUUUUAUUCUUGAUAACCGUCAAGCAUUCUUUGUCGGCGUCCAGGGUGCCGAUAUCCCUCAGCUCUCGAUUUCUCAGGAGCUCUCGGCAUUCUGUUUCUGAGAUCGUCCCCUGAUGGUUGCACCGGAGGAGAAGGGCUGACACUUAGUGUCGCAUAGACGGUUUGCACUUUUCGUUUGCUUUACACUGCUGGAGGACUGAUUCGAAGGAUGCGUUGAAGUCACCUGGCCGUAUAUAUCUGUAAAAACGGGCAGAGGUUUUACAAGCAAAAUCCAUCGUGCCAGAUGUUUUUAAAGGGCUCGGAAUGCAUACUAUCCCUGUUCUACGCAUGUACAUAAGGCCUAUGACGCACUGAUGAUCGGUAACGACCGUAAAACAGUUGUCAACGUCUGGCCUUUUGCACACUUAACGAGCUGCCUUUGCAUUAUGUAAAUGUAUACACGUGCAUUUUUGCAUGUAAAUGCGCUGUAAACCACUGCCCUUCCUUUAAGGACAUUAAACUGAUAGUCGAAGCAUACGUUCCGCGAUAUUCCUUUGUGUCAAUCAAACAAAAUAUGAGCAUAUUUCUGGGUGAUUUACACAUUACAUUUUCUGCAUUCAAUACAAUGUUCGCGAAGCGAGUUCCACACUACUGAUUUCGGGCGAGUAGAAAAUACCUGCAACAAAAUCGCCUUAAGAGCCAAAAGCCUGCUAACAAAAACCGACGGGAUUGUAUAGUACCGUUGGGUCAAAAAGUCAUUGCGUAUUGGUGGACGUUGAUUCGGCAAAAAUAUUCUAUUGAGUUGUCUAAUAUUCACAUGUAAUAUCCGAAUGAAUGCCAUGAUAGAGUUUUAAAGGAUCUACGAUAUGAGUGCCAGAUAGUUUCCAGCAGGUAUAAAUGCAUACUUUUGAAAUCCUAACUGAAUAAAGACGAGAAGACGAUAUCAAAUAAAGUUAUGACUUUAUUCCAAAUACAGAACUUCUCCUUAUUAAAAUUGAAUAAAUUUGUCUCAAUAAAGUCUGUCGUAGAAAAUACAAAACAACACUUUCUGCUAACACGAAUUAUCGGAUAUUUAAAUUUAACAAAAAAAUUGUUUUUCACCACGCACAGAUGGUGUGGGCAAACACAACAAAAAUCGGCUGCGCAGUGCAACAAUGCUCCGGAAUUUUCGUUGGAUACAACUCGACAUUUCUUGCGUGCGAGUAUAACAAUAAGUGAGUCAGUUCCCUUGAAAAGCGGAAUUGUGUCCAGUACAGGCUUGUAAAUUUCCAGGCGACCUCUUCUUUUUUUAAACAUUAGCAUGUCUGAUCGUAAAUUUUGCACAUUUAUCGAAAAGGAUCUCUCAUUAGAUGGAAAAAAGAACUACGUGCUAGGUAGAUAAAACGCAAUUCCACAUCUGAACCUAUCAGUUGUCCGUUAAGAAACAUCCGUUUUUGGUGGAAACCACAACCAAAUAAUCAGUCUUCUUAGUUCUUCUGUCUUUCACGGGAUUUUAUGAGAAAACGACAAAAUAUGCAACCAAGGAAAAAUUCGACGACAUGAUCCUCAGAAAAUUGGUGAGUCCAAGCGAAUUAAGUUGAUUUAAUGGGGCAAACAUUCGUUUGCCAACAGGAAUAUUUUUAUGAGCAUGCUUUUGUUAAGGCAACUAAAAAACCGCAGAGUGAGCCCUCAAGAUUGGUCUACAAAUCUCGCUUAUCAAACCUAAGCAACAAAAACGUUUCCUCUGGUUGUAGUCGUUUUCGACUGAUAUGAACUUAAGGCUACAAAGUACAUGUAGGGGGGUUAUGGAGAAUCCGGGUUAUCGAUACAAAACAGCUGUAAAUGUCGAGGUACCGAAAUGUGUCCUUCUGAGGUUAUACAUUCUUACUUCCUAUCAUGUGCUGACGUAAAUGAUAUAACAGAUAAGCAGAUAGACGGCUCUCCACGGAGAUGCGCCAUCACAUUUUGUGUCUUGCGUUGUCUAUAUCCGUCGGGACAACCCGUUUUUUAACCGUGAGAAGCAGUGGAACUAUACAACUUUGCAAAAGUUAUUGCUCGGAUGACAGUGGGCCUUCAAUUAUUCAGAAGCUCAGAACAAUAAUGUAUCUCUUACCUACAUUAAAUGUAGUCCAAGCUGCCUAGAUUGUUACUACGUAGCUACAUAAUCAGCUCGUAUCGUCAACUAUCAGCGCUAACGUCCGCUCCUUUUAAAUCUGGUUUUGUUGAUUAAACUACUAAAUUAAUAAUGUCGAUUCAGAAAUAGCUAACUGAAAAACAUUGCUCCUCCGCAUCUCUACCGACUUAUCUUGGGCAGGACGAUAUUUGCUUUCUCUAUCAAUUUCCAGCGCCUUUCUGAGGUCACCAAUAAUUGGUAAAAAGUUGCAAAAAGUGAAAUUUUAUACACAUAUUCAUAGAACGCAAGCUUUUAAAAGGACGUUAUCUCAUGAAAACUUAUGAAUUCAUGAGCCUUUAGAGGUACUCACAAGAGCGCUCAUUUAGUUUAUUAUUCCCAAAUCGGACGCUUUACUUAUAUAAUUGGAAAUAAUUAUGAGCGCCAUGACCAAAACUCAUUUCCAGAAGGGUCAGGUUCCAAUGCAUCUGUUAGAGCGGACGCGCUCUCUUCGUGACAAUAGAGCAUUUAAAAUAAUCCUCAGAGCCAGCAAACGAAUCAAAAAGUGAUCAUUAUGAUGGUUGGGGGUGCACACUAAUCGUUAUUUAUAUCUUUUAAUGCGUCCCCUGUCCGCAUUUGAAAAGCCACUAAAAGCAAUAGAACGGAAGACGAAACUAUGCGGGUAUAUUAAUUUAAAUUUAAUUAACAGAGCUUGCAUCCCUGCCCACGUGCUAUCUCUAAGAUACUAACGCAUCGAUAGUUCGUAGCCAGGCCAUUUUUGGUCGGAUGCGGUUAUGUAGCAACACCUGAGGUAAACAACGCCCAGCCAUCUGUAAUACGGCACCGAUGAUGAUAUGGGUUUUUACAGUUGGGGCUAGGAAACGCACAGGCGACUAAGUCAACUAGUUGCGUGCAAAAGAAAAGCUAACGGGAAUGCGCCGUUGCACUUGGAGUGAUUACAAAAAGGUUUUCCUAACCCCUUACCCUAACCACUAACUCCAGCCAUAACUCCAAACACCAACCCCUAAGCCAGACCUCAAAAAUAUUGUUUCCAUAAGGUGGGGCUACAUAACCAAAUUUUACCAUUUUUCUACCGUUGCAUACGCAAAAACGUGUACAGAUUCCGCUUACCUCAUCUUGCCAGUGAACGAUUCCAAAACUGUCGCAUAUGCAGUAAACCGAAGGCUACGCUCCAGAUAUAAAAAUUCGAAUAAUGCAAACGAUAUCGACCACGCAUAUUUCAAUAUCAAUAGCCGAUGUGUUCACAGAGCAAUGCAAUGCAGACAAUUUUCACCUCACAAAUAUAUUAACGGUCCUUUUAGUAUUCAGUUAAAGAGCUAUACUUUGCUUUCUACAGACUACGUAUUAAUCAAUUUUGCUUGUUUUCAGAGGCAACAUAGAGAAAGAUCGGCCUUACACACUGCCUCCAAAAGAGGAGGAAGAAGAUGAUGAAGAGUGA